GAUUGUCAUUACACUAAUUAUAAAAGUGCUCUCAUUGGAACUGUCCACUGCAGACGACUGAGGAGCGUAUGAAAGAGGUUGGUUAAGAAGUGUCAUCCUGUCGUCAUGGCGAUCAAGAGUGUCUGCGUCAUAAUGCUGAUGGGAUGGAUGUCCAUAUAUGGAGCUAUAGCACAUCCUCAUCAUGGAGUUAAAGAUAAAAAAUGGCAAGCCCUUGGAUGUUACAGAGACAAUGCCGACCGUGCUUUGAAAAUUCACAUGGGAAACUCGAACUCCUCAGAUCCUCUACAAAUUAUUCAAGAUUGUGAGUCAAUGGCGGAGUCUCAAGGUUUUGACUACUAUGGAGUACAACACGAUAUCGAAUGCUGGGGGUCUAAUGAUCCUAACGCUUAUGAUAAAUAUGGCUGCGCAAGCAACUGUAAAACAUUAGUUCAUGGACAUGGUCCGGGAUUUCUUGGAAUAGGAGAAAACUGGGCGAACUUUGUUUAUCACAAGAAGUCAGAAUGGUCAUCAUGCAAGUGUGCGAAGCGCCGGUAUAAACUGGUCUUGAGACGUGAUAAGCGACCAAACUGCCCAAAGUAUAACAGAAAGGUUUUUCCCAAGAAAAAUAAAUCAAAAAAAUGCCCCCCAACGACCUCAGCAUGUCCAGUUAAUGGAGGUUGGUCUAAAUUUGGGCCCUGGGGAACGUGUGAUGAGCUUUGCGGUAAUGGCGGAAAACAAAAGAGAACUCGUACCUGUACCAAUCCUGAACCUGCAGACGGUGGAAAUGACUGCGUGGGACAAGCAGAAGAAUUUCGUGACUGUAACUUUGUAAACUGCCCAAAGCCGUGCAGUUUCGAUGGCGCUCUGUUGCAGAUCUUAAAGAAACUCGACCCCGGAAUUGAACCCAACAACCAUCUUAUGACAGCGUUCGGUCAAGUAAUGGGAGUUAUGGGUAAUGCUGACCAGAUUCCACCUGACUCGGCUCCAACCAGAGAUUUCUUGAUUGGGAAAAUCAAGGCUGCACUUGAAGUGAACGGCAGAGAAGAGCAUGCUCGGAAUCUGCUGGGGGUUCUACUUGCACAACAAAAAGGCUGUCUUUAUGGGGAAGUUGUUGAUGAAGUCAAAGAUAAAAUUGGAAAUGAUGGAUUUAAGAAACUGAUCAACGCUGAUGGAAAUGUCACCCUGGCGUUUACACUAGACAUAACGUAUAGUAUGUCCAAUGUCAUCAAAGAAGCCAAGACCAUUGCUAAAGCUAUCGCUGGGUAUUCCAGGAAAUAUUCCGUUGACUACAUCCUGUCAACUUUCAGUGAAACUCUAUAUCAUUUCUUCUAUGGUCACGUAAAAAGGUUUGAUUCACACGACAAGUUUAUACAAGCUUUGGAUGACGUUAAACUGUUUGGAGGUGGUGACUGUCCUGAGCCCACAUACACUGGAAUAAUGAAAGCGAUAUCCAAAGGCUAUCCAAAACCUGGUUCCCCGAUGUACGUCUUCACAGAUGCUCCACCCAAAGACCAAAACUCGUUCACAAGAGAUCGGACCAUACAACUUGCACGUGCAAACCAAAUGCCUAUUAAUUUCCUUGUCACGGACGGGACUGGACCAUGUCAAGACCAGAUGCCUCAGCCACGAAACAGCCCUGAUUACAAAGCGAUUAUACAAGCAACUGACGGCAUUGGAUUAUGGUUUAUCAAUUCAACGUACAUGAAAAAGCUUGAGCCAAUUAUUGAAGGAGGUCUUGAUGGGACUACGACCAUUACUAGUGGGAGUUGCAGCAUUGCUGAUGGGUCCAUAAGCAAACGAGAACUGACCACUGCUAAAGAUUUUGAUGUCGAUGAUCUUGUAAGCACCAUGACAGUAACAGCCGUCGGUUCAUCUGGUAUAAGGUCAGGUGUCAAGCUUUUCAAUCCUAACGGUGUUGAACGAGAUACAGAAAUGRAMAUUGGUGAUACUGAAAAGAUUUGGGUCGUUUAUAAACCAACGGUGGGGAAAUGGACCUUCAAGCUUGAAAACGUUUUUCAGUUUAAACAUAAGGUGAUAUCGUCGACCACGCUGGAUAUUACGUUUACACCAUCAUUCUAUAAAGACGCACAAAAAAUUCCUCAUCCCCUGAUUGGAGACAGAGUCAAGACAAAAUUCGAGAUUCCGAACAAUUCUCGCCUGGACAGUUCCUCGUUGAAGUUUCAAGCCAUAAGUCCUAAUGAAAUGCAUCUAAUGACCGYCAAGGRCGWAKACUACUUUGAAUCAGCUCUACCUCAAGGAGACAACUUGAAGUUCAGGCUCAGCGGUAAAACMCUUUCCGGUUAUGAUUUCACACGGGAAUCUGAAAUAUAUUUCCCCAAGCAUGCCCUUAUGAGGUCGCUCUUGUCAUCAUGGGAKCUWUUUAUGGAAGUUGGUAAACCAUUUCAAGUUACAAUUGYACUCGACUACACYGGWCCWGGUAGCAAGACGUUCACUAUCAGAGUSAMGACUGCUCCAUCAAUCACAGUUAACAGUCCAAACUCUAUCGCGAUUGGAAGUGGUGAGAACAAASAGUUUGUUAUCGAGCUGAAAUCACAUGUCCAAGGUCUUAUUAAAGUAGCCGUUGAAGCAGAGAGUGGUGCGUUGAAGGUUAACUUAGACUUAGAGCUUCAGGCUAAUUGAAUGGAAGAUAACAGGAAAAAUACCCAUUGAAACAAGACUGGUUCAAAAUGCAUGUGAUAUUGUAAAUGAGAAUAGAGAUUAGAUAUACUGAAUAGACAUUCUAAAGAUAUUAAACGCCAGCAUUGCAAAUGAA